AUGCAUUUUACUCAAAUAAUAAUAAGUGUUGUUGGUGUUUUGACUUCAAUAGCUUAUUCAUUACCUGCAACACCAGUACAACAAUUUGAAAUUAUACCACAGAAUGUUGAUUUUCAAAGUGAAUUGGAUUCAUUUGUUGAAUCAAAUUUUGAUGAGAAAGAAGUAAAUUUAUAUUAUGAGUUAAUGGAUAUUUUCCAUCAAGAAGAUUUAUCAAAAAGAGAUGAACAAACAGAACAGAUUAUUGGUAAUAUAUUAUUAGCUGUAAAUCAAUCUGGUAUAAUUUGGGAUUUAUUAGAUGCAAUUGCUGAUGAUCCGUCAAGAGUUGAAUGGUUAACUAAUUUAACAAGUAAUUUUUUCCAGGGCCAAAAUAUAACAAUUUCAUUAGAUUCAUUAACUUCAUUGGGUUCAAGUGAUUCAUUACUUGGUGCUUUAGCAUCACAAUUGAAUAUUUCUGCAAUUAUAGGUGCUGUUGAAAAUUCAGGUUUAGUUGGAUCAUUAUUAGAUGGUUUAUUAUUGGAUGAAAAUUUUAGACCAUAUUUAGUAAAUUUAAUUGAUAAAAUUGUAUUGUCACUAAAGAAUGUUUUAUUAUAUAUCUUUUCAGGUUUAUUGGCAAAAAGAGAUUUAAUACCAGGAAAUGAUUUAAUGGAAAUUUUUAAAAGAGCAGAAACUACACAAUCUAUAAAUACUGCUCAAUUGGCUUCAUUAUUUGCACAAGCUACUGCUGAAGCAAACUCACAACAGACUACUCAACAACAAGCUCAAUCUACACAAUCAAUUAAUACUGCUCAAUUGGCUUCUUUAUUUGCAGCUGCAAGUGCCGAACAAGCUCAAUCUACACAAUCAAUUAAUACUGCUCAAUUGGCUUCUUUAUUUGCAGCUGCAAGUGCCGAACAAGCUUCACAAACUACAACUGGUACUUCAUUAAGAUCAUCACAAUCAGCAUCAAUCUCAUCAGCAAGAACUUCAGCUUCAUCUGUUUUAGAUACUUUACAAUCAAGAGCUAGUGCAUCAUCAAGUAUAGACGAAUCAUCAAGAUCAUCAGCAAGAGCAAAUACAAGUUCAUCAUCAUUAAGUGGUACAAUUGCUGCUUCAACUACUUCAAAUGCUUAUUCUGGUUCAUUAGCCUCAUUUGCUGCUAAUGCAGGUGGUGCCAUUGUCUCAUCCCCAGUUGUUGGUUCAAUUGCUGAAGAUUUCUUGAAUGCUUUAAAUGAUACUGGAUUUGCUGUGUAUUUUGUUAAAAGAUUUAUCUCAACUGAAUCAUAUGUUAAUUUGACUGGUGAUUUAAUUGGUGCAGUUAUCAAUUCAGGUGCUUUCCAUUUGGAUUUAUCAGGAUUAAAUAUUACAGAUUUGGUUGAUGAAGCAUUAAGUGAUCCAACUGCAAUAGUUACAUUUGUUGGUUCAUUAUUAACUGGUGAUUCAUCAGCUAUUACAUCAACAUUGGCUGAAUAUUGGGGUAAAUAUGGUAGUGCAUUACAAAGCAUAUUAUCAGAUUUAGAAGCAAAUGGAUUAUUUGCUGAAUUAAAUCAAUAUAUUUUCGGUGAUGGUUCAACUUCAGUAACUCCACAAUCACAAGCUACAUCAACACAACAAUCAACUACUACAUCAAAUCAAAAUAGAGAUCAAUUAAUAUCUACAAGUACCAGAUCAUGGAUAACAGCACAAACAUCUACUGCUUCAACACAAAAUAAAGCUACAAAUUCAGGAAAUUCAUUAAAAUUAUACCUUUAUGUUCCAAUAAUGAUGGGAGCUGCAUUAAUCUUCAUUUAA